AUCAUACUAUUAUUUACCAAGAUAUAUGAAGAUGAAGAACUUAAUUUCUCUUUUGCUUCUCACUCUCUCACUAUUUUUCAUUUCUGUUUGUUCACAAACUAUAACACAAACACAAUUUGUUUAUAGAUGGCCAGAAACUUACUGUAAAGCUCAAAGCCUAAAUUGCAAAAGUAAACGUCCUCUAAAAUUCACUUUGGCUAAAUUUUUGGGAACAGAUUCCAAUGGAAAUGAAGUCAAACCUACUUGCAAAAAUAAACCUGAUUGGACCAAACUGUUUACUAAUGAACUGGUUACAAAGCUUGACAAAUUUUGGCCAUCUCUCCAAAAUAAAAAAGAAAACACAGACAUAUGGAAGGAUGCUUGGAGAACAUAUGGAUGCUUCAACCAAGUUUUUGAUCAAGAUCCAACAAACUAUUUCAACAAAGCUAUAGAAUUGUCUAAUAAAAUUGGAGAUUUAUUACAAAAACACUUAAUAGAAUCAGAUGGAAUUGUCCCUUGUGACACUGCUAUUUACCAAAAAGAUGAAAUCUUGGCGUCAUUCAAACAAGUAUCCAACAACAAAGAUGUGUUCUUCACUUGCAAAGAAAAUGGGGGAUCUAAACCUGCUUUUUUAAAUGAAAUUACAUUUUGCUACGACAAAAAUGCAAAUAAUUUUGAGAAUUGUCCAUCUACUGUUGUCAAGAACAAAAAUUGUCGUAUUCAAAAUAUUAUUGUUCCUCGUCCUUUAACUCCGGCUCUCCAGGCUCUUCAAACAACUGGAGAAAAGCUUCAACCCAACUAGUUUAAUAUAAUAUAUCUAUGUCAAGCUUUGGAAUAAAGUUUAAUGUGUAAUAGAAAGAUGAAUAAUAUUUCAGUUGUGAUUGUGAUUGUGAUGUGUACUGAAUAAUGAAGCAAAUAAAAUAAUCAUCUUUUCAUGUUA